AUUGACGUAUGCAAAUAGCUAGGGGAGGGUGGUGCUUGGGAAAAAACAGGAACCAGAAUCGGUUUCUCAUUGCAGGGUGAACGCUCUGAGUUCCGGUGAAGGGAAAAGAGACGUGGCGAAAUUGCCGUCUUUCUGUCUUAUAAGCACAUCUCUCACUAAUACAGAAAAGGAACCUAGACAUCAGAAAGGCUGCGCAAACCAUGCAGGAUGAUUUACUGAUGGACAAAAGCAAAACCCAGCCCCAGACCCAGCAGCAGCGGCAGCAGCAGCAGCAGCAGCAGCAGCCCCAGCCCGAGCCCGGCACAGCCGAAGCCCCGUCCACGCCCCUGUCCUCAGAGACCCCCAAGCCGGAGGACAGCAGCGCAGUGCCGGCCCUCAGCCCCGCCGCUGCCCCGCCGGCCCCCAACGGCCCCGACAAGAUGCAGAUGGAAUCGCCGCUCCUGCCGGGCUUGGGUUUCCACCAGCCCCCUCAGCAGCCGCCGCCGCCGCAGGAGCCCGCGGCGCCGGGCGCGUCGCUGUCGCCGUCCUUCGGCAGCACCUGGUCCACGGGCACCACGAACGCGGUAGAGGACAGCUUCUUCCAGGGGAUCACGCCAGUCAACGGGACCAUGCUCUUCCAGAACUUCCCUCACCACGUCAACCCAGUCUUCGGAGGCACCUUCUCCCCGCAGAUCAGCCUGGCGCAGACCCAGCACCACCAGCAGCCGCCGCCGCCGCCCGCACCGCAGCCCGCGCAGCCCGCGCAGCCCCAGCAGGCGCAGCCCUCGCAGCAGCGCCGGUCGCCCGCCAGCCCCAGCCAGGCGCCCUAUGCGCAGAGGGGCGCUGCCGCGGCGUACGGUCACCAGCCCAUCAUGACUAGCAAGCCGUCCUCGUCCUCGGCUGCCGCUGCCGCCGCGGCCGCCGCGGCCGCCGCCUCGUCCGCGUCGUCCAGCUGGAACACGCACCAGAGCGUGAACGCGGCCUGGAGCGCGCCGUCCAACCCGUGGGGCGGCCUGCAGGCGGGCCGGGACCCUCGCCGGGCGGUCGGCGUGGGCGUGGGCGUGGGCGUCGGGGUACCUUCACCGCUCAACCCUAUCUCGCCGCUCAAAAAGCCCUUCUCCAGCAACGUGAUCGCGCCGCCCAAGUUCCCCCGCGCGGCCCCGCUCACCUCCAAGUCCUGGAUGGAGGAUAACGCUUUCCGGACGGACAAUGGUAACAAUCUGUUGCCAUUUCAGGACCGGAGUAGGCCCUAUGACACUUUUAACUUGCACUCGUUGGAGAACUCCUUAAUGGAUAUGAUAAGGACUGAUCAUGAGCCUCUGAAAGGUAAACACUACCCUCCCAGUGGCCCACCAAUGAGUUUCGCUGAUAUAAUGUGGAGGAAUCAUUUUGCAGGACGCAUGGGAAUAAAUUUUCAUCAUCCAGGAACAGAUAAUAUUAUGGCACUUAACACCAGGAGCUAUGGGCGAAGACGAGGUCGAUCUUCUCUCUUUCCCUUUGAAGAUGCCUUCCUGGACGACAGUCACGGCGAUCAGUCCUUGUCAUCCGGCUUAAGUUCUCCCACUCGCUGUCAAAAUGGGGAGCGAGUAGAACGCUACUCUAGAAAGGUGUUUGUUGGAGGCCUUCCCCCUGAUAUCGAUGAAGAUGAGAUCACUGCCAGCUUUCGCAGGUUUGGACCUCUCGUCGUAGACUGGCCUCACAAAGCUGAAAGCAAGUCGUAUUUUCCUCCUAAAGGCUAUGCCUUUCUGCUGUUCCAGGAGGAGAGCUCAGUGCAAGCUUUGAUAGAUGCCUGCCUAGAAGAAGAUGGGAAACUGUACCUGUGCGUGUCAAGCCCCACCAUCAAGGAUAAACCGGUGCAAAUUCGACCAUGGAACCUAAGUGACAGUGACUUUGUAAUGGAUGGUUCUCAGCCUUUGGACCCCAGAAAAACUAUCUUUGUUGGGGGAGUUCCACGACCCCUUCGAGCUGUUGAACUGGCAAUGAUCAUGGACCGUUUGUAUGGCGGUGUCUGCUAUGCUGGCAUUGAUACGGACCCAGAGCUGAAGUACCCCAAAGGUGCUGGCCGCGUGGCAUUCUCCAAUCAGCAGAGUUACAUUGCAGCCAUCAGCGCUCGCUUUGUGCAGCUCCAACACAAUGACAUUGACAAACGGGUGGAAGUGAAGCCAUAUGUGCUGGAUGAUCAGAUGUGUGAUGAGUGCCAGGGCACACGCUGUGGUGGGAAGUUUGCCCCAUUCUUCUGUGCCAACGUCACCUGUCUGCAGUAUUACUGCGAAUACUGCUGGGCGAGCAUACAUUCCCGCGCCGGGCGGGAGUUCCACAAACCGCUGGUGAAGGAGGGAGGUGACCGCCCUCGCCAUGUCCCGUUCCGCUGGAGCUGAGCCCAGGGUAUACCCAGCCACAAGUACUGGAGUAGAUAACAAGGAGGGAAAAGAGAGGGCACUGCCUCAGGGCUUACAGUGUUCUGGAAAUCUGUGCAUUUGUUCUCGAUUUUUAAAGAAGAAAUGGGUCUUUUUAUUAUUAUUAUUAUUAUUUACAGUCAUAUUACUGAACUCAGUGUCCAGUAUAAUGCAGAAUUGCAGAGUGUAUAACGGUACUGAUUUGCACUUUGAUUCACACCUUUGUCUGCUUGGUACCUUAAUUUCUUACACCUGAUUUGUCACUCGUAGACUGCCAUUCUCAUCAGCGGCCAUCAGGUUGAUGUCUGUGAUUUUUUUGUUUGUUGUUGUUGUAUUGUUAUUGUUUUGAUCGUUUUUGAACUGGAGCAUGCACUUAUUUUCAGAAACUUAGAGAAUCGCCCCUAGGAGAAGACUUACCAAAGGUAAUACUUGUGAGUAGGUGGCAGAUGUAGCAAAAACUUCACAACAAUUCAGCAAUCAUUAGCUGGGGUCAUUUAGAGUAAGGAAAACCCUUAAUGAAAAUAAGCCUUUAGUUGCUCUCUAUUUUGACAUGUAAGGAUACCUCAUAAGCUGAAUCUUUAUUUUUCCUUCAUGUUUAAUUUUUGUUUUGCUGAGGAUUUUGGUUAGAUCUUUUAGUGUUAUGUAAAUUUAUGCUGCAAUAGCUUUUGCUGCUAUUAAAGUGGUAUUAUUAAUACCAUAAUACUCUAUUCAGGCUAAGGUAUCAAUUACAAAAAACCCAACAACAUACUUUUGUGAUUUAGGGAUAGAAUCAGCUGCCGAAAGGAGAUCAGAAUAGACUUGAGAAAGCUUCAACGGAAGGUCACUAUUUCUGACUGCAUGUUUACUUAAUCAGGUUGCUGCAUGCAAUAAAUUUUAUAUCUGAUGUCUAGUAUAAAACCUUCCCACAAUGCACAAAUUAAGAAUCUAUAUAAGCUAUAAAAUACUGACUUUUUUAAAAAAAGAUUUUUUUCAUUCAAAGAAAUGGUAAUUGACUGGAGGAAGGCAUGCCUCAAUAAAUGGAAUGCUUCUGAAAUUAGGAACAGCCCAUAACAGAAUGACCUAUAUUACAACCAAUAUAAAACCUAGGUGUAGGAUAUUCUUAAAGCAAAUUUGUGGAUGGUAGAUGAAGUACUUUGCGGUGCUCUGUUAUAUAUUGUGCAAUUUAUUUUAUAUAGUAAAGUGAUUAUGUCUAACUGUGAUCAAACUUAACUGUUUAAAGCCUCUGUGUCAGACAUUAACGAACUUGACAGUUCAUAACUGGUAUAUUAUUAACUAACACAUGAGCUCUUAGUUACAAUCUCCUAGUGCUUGCACCAUUUUACAUAGCUUCAGACCUUGUCCAGAAAACCAAAGAGCUCAUCUUAGCUUACAAACACUAGGAAUAUAUACAGUAUAUAGAGAUAAGUUGUCAAUUGACAAACUAGGCACAUUUUAAGAAAGUUGCGUGAUCGUGAUGCUAAAGAAAUGUCUGUACAAAAUAAGAUGGCCUGGGCAGGGUUGGUUGUCUGGGUGAGAAAUUAACUACUUAAUUCCCUGGAUUUAUCCUGUAAAGCUUGAAUAGAAUUCAGACCUGCUAGUACUACCAUGGACAUUUUUUUAGCAUUCACUCUUGGGCUGCAGAUAGUAAUAUAUAAACACACACAAUGAUUAUGAGACUAUGUAAAUCUUUUUUUAAAUCUUCUUCCUAUGUUUUGGAAUUAUGGGGACAAUCUGACUGGAUAUGACACUGCAGAAUAGAUUUAAGUCGCUGUGUUUUAUGUGCUGUGAUGUCCUUGUACUGUCUUAAGUUAAUAUCGCUUGGUUUUGUUUUGUUUUGUUUCUCCAGUGUUUAGUUGCAAUUAACAGCUCUCAAACUAUAGUUUGUUUUCAAAAAGGAAAAAACAAAAUAGUUUUUUACUGGGUUAAAAAUGCUUAUUAGAAUUCUCCCCCUUUGAGGUUACCUCUGGGCUUUUUGGUAAUAACUGCUUUUUUCCAGCCCAGCUGUGGUUUUCUGUUUGUUUUUUUCUAUGUUUGUGGUUUUUUUCAUCUGUACAAGAAAUUUUGUUAUGCACUACUACUUUUUGUAUUUUAGACAGUUUUCAAAAGUUGGCUGAAGAUUUUUUUGUUUGUUUGUUUUUAAGGAAAAAGGCAUGCUUUCUGACUGACAUGAUCUUUUGCAAUACCUCAAUUUUGAAAUAUAGGAAAGAAAAUGAUAUUUUCUAAGUAAGUUUAUUCAGAAAAAUAUAUAUUAAUUUAAUUCUGCAAGAAAAAUGAUUUAACAGAUGGGUAACUUUAUUUUUUUCAUGCUUAUUUGUGUUUUUUGAAAAUGAAGAAGUUAGAGCUUUAUAACUAUAAUAUUAAAGAUCAUAUCUAACCUACAGAAAUCUACCUAAUUAUGUGAAAGAAGCAGAACUUUUUGAAGAAGCACCCCUCUUUCAUGUACUAAAAUAAUACUGAGAUUUAAAAACAAAGCUGGAAUAUUGUACAGCAUAAAGCUGAAGUGAAGGUGAAAAAGCAUUGUCAUAAAGAAUAGGUUUCAAAAAAUAAACUCCAUUUGGUGCUGAAAGUUGUGAAUAGGUGGUGGAAACUACUUUCCCUUAAUUUGUAUAUUUAUAAUCAAGCGUUGAUUGUGCACGACUGACCAGGAUUGUGAAAGAGUUCUUCUGUUUGUAUUUUUUUAAAGAGAACUUUUUUAGUUUAUUAAAUUAUAACAUGUUCCCUUUUGUUUUGUAAAUAAAUGUGCCCCCAAGUUGUUAAUGUUAUAUUAAAAGAGAGGGUCCUUCAAAAAAAAUUAUUUUUUAAAACACAGAGGUGUUCUGACCUGCAACUUGAUGGGAAGCCCCCGGGUAUCACAGGUCCUGUUGUGGCCUUUCCUUGAUGUGACACUUGAACUAGUCGAUUUUUUGAAGGCUAUAACCUAACCUCGACUAUUUGUUGUUAUGUGCAAUACUGUUUGUACUGUUUGUAUAAAAAAUAGAAAAAAAAAGAAAAGAAAAAAGGCAUAAAUCUUUAUUGCAGAUUUAUUUUCAUUGCAAACUUUAGACAUUGUGAUUCACUGAAAUCAUUUUUCUACUGUCAAAUAUGUACCUUUUCUUCAUGCUGGUAUUUUUUCAAUAGUAAUGUAGCCUUUGUACUGAGACAAAUUUUCAUUGUUAUUUUUAGAAAGAUUUUUUGCUAAGAAAAAAAUUAAACAUAUUUACAUAUUUUUCAUUUUAUUUCGUAUUUUCUUUAAGGAGUGCUUUCUCAAUCAUUAAUAGAGUUGUUUCUGGGAGGGACUUUCAUAUCUGGUCAAUGUCAUAAUAUUAUUUUGUAUUUUUACUUGGAAUAAAUUAAUUUUAUGAUGCUAAUUCUUUAAAAGUUUAUUUUUUUCAUUUUCAGUUAUUUUUGAAGCUAAAACCUUUGUAAUAUUGUUACUAAAGUGUCUAGUUUUUUGAAAUGCAAAGCUUUAUGUAUUAACUUGCUGAUGUGGUUUACAAUAGUGUGACAACGAUGAAAAUGGUUGGUUAUGUAAAGUGAUUGGAAAAUGUAAUGGAUAAUUGGGUAAUAAAAUGACAGAAUGAGCAGAACAUGUGAGAUUUUGACAAGCCUUUUCCUUUAUUACAGUGGUUUAGUGUAAGACUAGGGAUGUCACAGUACAGUUCUCUAGGGAUGUCACAGUGGAUUUAUACAACACCAGGUGCAGCCAACUCUGUGGCCCUGAUGAUGAAGUCACCCCUUACUGAGAUACCACCAAGUUGAGAACCUGGCCGGGUUGGCAGAGUGUUUUAUUGCUUUUCCCCUCUAACUCUUCAUUCUGUCGUGUGUGUGUGUGUGUGUGUGUGUGUGUGUGUGUGUGAGAAUCUGCCACCGACUGCUGUCCACAUGUGAGUGGGUACCUUUCGCCAGGCCGAAUCUUUGCCCUGCAUUUACAGUGGUGACGUCUGAGAGUGAAAGGAGGUCUCUGAGAGGACCAGCCCUCUGGGAGGUUAGACUUGGACCGCAGUGUCUCGCCCGAGUGACCUCCCCGAGCACACGGGUGGCCUGGCAAGGCGGCACACUCCGAGGUCACCACUGUAAAUGGACAGUCUCAGACUUCGUCUUACUCCACCCCCAGCCUGCUCCCUGGUAUGGUGCCCCUUGUUUGUCCCUUAUUGUGGCAACACAUCUGGCCACUCCGAGCAUGAUCUGUCUGCCCUCCUGCUUCUUUUCCAACACCCAAACUCACCUUGAAGCUGUGCUGUUAAGGCAGCGUGUCAUUGUCAUGGCACCUAAAAUUAAACAAAAAUCAUACAACUGCAAAACUGGUGUUGCGUAAACAGAACAUCCAAUGACUCGCUCUAGACAGAUGGUGUGUUUCUCCCAGUCCUUGAUGGCCUCUUCAGGCCUCCUGCCAUGGAGGCAAGGUUAUCAAUGCCUCAGAGAAACAUGUGUCCAGAGUUGGCUCUUGGGUAUGCUCUAUGUAUUCAGUUUUGUAAAUAAUAUAUAGAUUAGAUCAAGUUGUGAUGUAAAAUUUUAACUCAAAUUGGAUAUUACUGGUUGGAAUUUUACAUUAACUACAAAUAAGUGAUUAGGAACAGAAGAAAAGAAAUUGGAAAAUUUUUGCUUAGUGGUAUAAAGAUUAUGCUUAGAUUUCUGCCUAUAUCUUGUGUUUUAUAGCUUGUUAGUGAGGCAUGGGCUAAUGCAGAAUGUACUGCAUUUAUGCAAUUAGCAAAUAACUGCUAGUUUUCAUUUUAUCUAUUAUAUUAGCAACAAAAUGGCGUUUAACUGGGUAAAGCUCCUACCUAAAUAUUUGAGUAUUGUGACAUCUCUACUUGCAAGGUUUGAGUGAAAGAUUAGUCACAGAUUAGUGAAAAAAAAGUUAUCUUUUUGUUAAAACUGGCUUAUUUGUAUGGAUUGUUGCUUUUUCACCAGUUUGUGUGGUAUGUCAGCUAACAUUUUCUGUUGGUUUUUUUUAAUAAUAACCAAA